UGUUGGAUCUUGGCGGUUCCAGAUCGAGUCAGUUUCAAGCAAAGUAUCUUCGGUCAGAUCAUUCCGCAGCGGGUCUUUCUUUCUCUCGAUGCAAGAAAAGAAGUUUUUCGAAAAUUUGUUCAUCCCCAAAGGGAUGCCGGAAAAGCCGUUUUGAUAUCGUGAAUCAUCGGUAGUGAUACAAUUUUUUACCGAAAGAUCGCCGCUAAAUACCAACAAAAGAAAUGGCGGGCCUCAGUGUGGACGAAGUGAAAGUGUCGUUGCAAAAAUUUGGCCUAUACGAUUAUGUGGUGUUUGUGAUGAUGCUGGUCAGCUGUCUGUUGAUUGGGAUCUACUUUGGAUUCAUAAAAAAGAAAGCGCUAAAAGGAGGAGCGGAGGCAGAUUAUCUCGUCGGUGGUCGGAAGAUGAGUGUUAUACCAGUUUCGCUGUCGCUGAUCGCUAGUUUCAUUUCCGGCAUAUCCUUACUCGGUACCCCCACCGAAAUCUACGUCUAUGGCGUCCAAUACAUGUACAUCGUGGGUGGCGUCAUCUCAAUGGGAUUCAUCAUGAUGUACAUCUAUCUCCCGGUAUUCCACAACCUACAACUUACCUCCACGUAUCAGUACCUCCAAACCCGUUUCGACAAGCGAAUGCGACUGUUCGGUUCGAUUCUCUUCACAAUCGCCACGAUGGCUUGGCUCCCGAUCGUAAUUUACGUUCCGGCGUUGGCUUUCAACCAGGUUACGGGGAUAAAUGUUCACCUGAUCACGCCAUUGGUUUGUGUCAUCUGUAUUUUCUACACGUGUGUCGGUGGGCUGAAGGCCGUCGUAUGGACGGAUGUCGUGCAAACGGUACUCAUGUUUGGCGCCAUGUUGCUGAUUAUUUUCAAGGGAACCUAUGACGUUGGCGGUUUUCCAGUCGUUAUUGAUCGAGCAAUCGUUAGCGGCAGGAUAGAAAGUCCGGAUCUGCGAUUUGAUCUUACCACCAGACAUAACAUAUACUCGUGCGUUAUUGGAGGGGUAGUUUACUGGUUGAAGACGAAUGCCGUUAGUCAGAACAUGAUUCAACGCUAUCUAUCACUUCCAACGAUGAAGGCGGCAAAACAAGCACUGUGGACAUUCAUAGCUGGAACCUUAGUGCUACUUGGGCUUUGCUCGUACAGUGGACUGUUGAUCUAUGCUAAGUACUACGACUGUGAUCCGUUGACAACUAAAUUGGCUAGUGCGAAGGACCAGUUGCUGCCUCUUCUGGUGAUGGAUACCCUGGGCGAUUAUCCUGGACUACCGGGACUAUUCGUGGCCGGUGUGUUCUCUGCAGCACUGAGCUCUCUAUCCACCGGACUGAACUCGAUGUCUGCCGUAGUGUUGGAGGAUUUUUUCAAACCCUUUUCGAAUCGACCACUCAGCGAGAGAGCUACUGCGAUAAUAAUGCGAGCUGUCGUUGGAGUAUUCGGAACGAUUUGCGUUAUCUUGGUUUUCGUAGUGGAAAAACUUGGAUCAGUGUUGCAGCUGUCCAUGAGUUUGGGUAGUGUAAGCAACGGACCACUGCUUGGUAUCUUCACCCUUGGGGUAUUGAUUCCGUGGGCUAACGGAACUGGGGCAAUAAUUGGAGGCACAAUUGGAUUGGUUAUAAUGUCAUGGAUCUGCUUCAACGCCCAGGUUGCUAUCGCUACCGGCGUGAUGACAUUCGAACCUAAACCGGUGGAUACGCAGGGUUGCAACUACCAUUACAUUGCAUCGGAACCGAUGAGUAUGUUAGCAAUCAAUGUAACAACUACUCCAGCUGCUCCAAGUGCUGAACCGGAUUUCGAACUCUACCAGAUAUCGUACCUCUGGUACACGUUGAUGGGAGCCACGAUCACAAUCGUGAUAGCCGUGAUCGUGUCGUUCCUGGUGGGGCCCAAUAAUCCGGACGAGCUGAAUCCAAAGUUGUUUGCUCCGUUCAUCGAACGGAUUUUGAACCGAAGACGCCGCCGGAAGGCAGUCCACAAUCAGCCACGAAUGGAACUCCUUGAUAUCGGGUUCCACUAGCGUUAAGAAAUGAUUGAUCGUUUCAAGAAUCGGCCAGACUUUCUGGUAAAGUCAGAAGGGUGAUGUAUUUUUAUUUGUUUUAUUAGAGUUAUGAAAUUAAAAAAUAUAAAUUGCA